GAAAAAGCAUAAGGGGAAGCAGGUGAGAACCUGAAAGAGAUUUCUAUGUCCAUCAUCAAUCCCUCACUGUUCAACGCCUCGCUGGGGACAUCUCCCCAGCAAGUGUGCUUCGACACCAGAGCGAUCAACUCCAGAGGCGUCUUCCUCGGGGACGAUCCCCUCCGCUUCUCCGUUCCCCUCUUCCUCCUCGACCUCUCCCUCAUGUUCUUCACCGCAAGCACCACCCACUGCAUCCUCGGGCGCCUUGGCCAGUCUCGAUUCGUCUCUGACCUUCUUGCCGGCAUCCUUCUGGGACCGUCGGUGAUCGGGCAAAACCAGGCUUUCCAGCGAACAGUGUUCCCGGAACGCGGCAUCUUCCUCGUCGACUCCCUUUCUCUCAUCAGCCUCAUCUUCUUCAUCUUCAUCAUCGGCGUGAAGACGGACCUCAGCCUUCUUCAGAGGCCCGGGAAGCGCGCCGUUGCCAUCGGCGCCGCUGGCUCCGUGCUUCCCUUCGCUCUCAGCAUAUGCACCUUCCUCGUCCUCAGGCGGGCCUUCCCCGAUGACCUUAGCGAGGGUCCGCUCAUUUUCUUCGUCGCCUCACGCCUUUCCCUCUCCUCCUUCCCCGUGAUUGCAUAUGUCUUGGACGAGCUCCGACUUCUCAACUCCGACCUCGGCCGCGUCGUCCUGUCGGCCUCCCUCUUCAGCGACGUUAUCAACUGGGGCGUGGGCAGCUUGACGUCAGCAUACACAUUGAUAACCGCGGUGAAGACGCCGGGGACAGCAAUAGGGAUCGUGGCGUCGCUGGCGGGCAGCUUACUGUUCGUGCUGCUCGUGGCGAGGCCGGCGAUGAUGUGGUCGGUGCGGCGGACACCGGCGGGGGAGACGCUGGUGGAAUGGCAUUUCCUGGUGCUGCUGAUGACCGCUCUGCUGAUGUCGCUUGCGACGCAGGCGUUCGGUUUCAACGUGACGCUGGGCCCGCUCAUGCUGGGGCUGGCGAUACCAGGAGGGAUGCCGGUGGGGCAGACGAUAAUGGAGAAGCUGGAGCCGCUGGGAGGGGGGCUGUUCUUGCCCAUGUAUACAGUGCUCGCCGGGUACCGGACGAGAUUCGAGGAGGUGAGGAGCGUGAAGGAGUGGGGAGUGCUGGAGAUGGUGGUGGUCAUCUGCUACGUCGGGAAGCUGGUGGGCUCGGUGGCCAUGUCACGCUACUUCGACAUGUCGGCGAACGAUGCCAUCUCGGUGGGGCUCAUGCUCAACAUUAAGGGGAUCGUCGAGAUCUCUGCCUUCAACACGUACGCUUGGGGCGAUGGUCAAAUAGCUACGGCGGAGCACUUCUCCGUGCUGACCGUGUCCAUGAUGGUGAUCACGGGGGUCACCACGCCGUUGAUCAAGCUGUUGUACAAACCGACGAUGCGCUACGUGGCGCGGAAGCGCCGCACCGUCGAGCACGCAAGACCGCGUUCCCUGCUGCGCUUCAUGGCCUGCGUCCACAAAGAGGAGCACGUCGCUCCCCUCCUCGACCUCCUCGAGGCCUCCUAUGCUUGCCGCGACUCCCCCAUCGCCCUCACCGUUCUCCACCUCACCGAGCUCAGUGGCCAGUCCGCCGCGGUGAUUCGUCCCCACAAGCAGAGCCGCCGCUCCACCGCCCCCACCGCCUCCGACCGCAUCAUCAAUGCCUUCAGCUACUUCGAGAAACAACAGGCUGAGCCGGGGUCCAUCUCCGUCCACCCUUUUGUCGCUAUCGCGCCGUACUCCACCCUGUACAACGACGUCUGCUCCCUCGCCCUCGACCGAAAGGUUUGCUUCAUCCUCCUCCCCUUCCACAAGUGCUGCGACGGCGCCCAGGAGACCGUGAACCACGCUUUCCAGACCCUCAAUCGCAACGUCCUUGCCUUUGCCCCCUGCUCCGUUGCCAUCCUCGUCGAUCGUAGCCUCCCUGCCGCCACCUGCGCCCACACCAACCACCUCCUCCACCUGGUCGCCGUCUACUUCCUCGGCGGCCCUGACGAUCGCGAGGCCCUCGCCUUCGCUUCCCGAAUGGCGAACAACCGCUCCAUCACCGUCACCGUCAUCCGAUUGGUCCCCCACGUGGCAAACGAUGACAAGGAGAGAAAGCACGAUGAUGCGGCGGUGGAGCGGCUCCGAGAAUCGCACGCCCGUAACCAGAGGGUGGUGUACAUGGAGAAGGUAGUGGAGGACGGAGAGGGGACGGCGGCGGUGAUACGGGAGAUGAGUGACCAAUUUGACCUGCUGAUAGUGGGGAGGAGGAAGGGGGUGGAUUCGGCACCGACGAGGGGGCUGUCGGAGUGGAGCGAGUGCCCCGAGUUGGGGGUCAUAGGAGACAUGCUUGCAGCGGCGGAGUUCACGGAGAAGGUCUCCAUAUUGGUGGUGCAGCAGCAGACGCGGUUCGGUGGCAAGCUUGGCGUUGGUGGUGAUGGGACGGCAAAAGCGACGGCAGGUGGGAAUGUCGUGGAUCCAAAGAAGCCCGAAGGGGUCAGAAGUGGAGUUGCGGGGCAUAGAUAGACGGACAAGAUUUCACGCCACCUUUAUUUUAAUUAUUUAUUUAUUUGUUUAGGUAUUUUAUUUAUUUAUUUAUUUAUUUAUUUAUUCCAACUUUUAGUUAAAAUGCUUCAUUCGAAUCCACUCAACUCAUCCCAUAAUAUUCGUCUGACCCCUUUGAUCGCCCCAAAAAGCGCGCUUCGUUUUCCCCUCGUUGGCUCAGUGUCUUGCUUGUUUGUAGCCGCGUUUCUCGAUUUCUAAUUCUCGGCCAAAGAUUUGGGUUGAGCGGUAAAGAAGGUCUUAGAGAAGAAGUUGGCCGCCAGUUUUUCCCCCUGGUUCUUAUUUUGAUUCAUGAAAUCUAGUCGGAACGGGCUGUUAGGGCAGGCUUGUCUUCGGUGAGAGAGAGAUCGAGGAGACGGAAGAAGCGGCCUUCUUGGGUGAAAAUGGAGGGGUGGAUGCUUGGUGUGGAUUUGUUGGGUGGUCAUUGGAGCUCUCUGCACCUUCUCUCGACGAACGAGAAAGCCAAUUACAUGAACAUUUCCACUGAUUGGUUGCGCAAUCAAAUGUUGUGCAAGUGGACCUCCACAUGUUCCCAGUCUCUAGAUCCAGAAAAUGCACCUUGGUUUAAGAAGAAAAGGCAUUAGAAUUGAGAGAGCAUAUGAAAAAAGAAAUUAUAAAGUCAAUUUUCAUCUCCGAUGACCUCAAUUGAACUAGCUCUUGAUAUCAGAAUCGAGAGUCAGUCAUACGACGAAUGCCAGAUAUUUUAAAACAAUGAAGCUUAUAUCCAUAGAUUCCAGCAUGAAGCAGUAAUUGUCUAUGAGAAGAGAUCUAAUAUGGUGCCUCCUGUAUGGAAGUCUUUGUUCAGCCAGUGCAGAGUCAGUGGUCAUCAAGAAACACAUGGGCUGUAGAGAAUCUGGAGAACACAGGUAAAAGAUUAUGCCAGUUUUGCCGGUCAUCAUAGCAUAGCCUUCAAAGCCAGCUACGAUUCAUCAAUAAGAUCUAGUGAAAGUGGCAUACUGACAUGUUUCCAGCUUCUGGAUGCGGAAAAU